AGGGCUGUCCUUACUGUACAAGUAAUGCUGAUUGUAUGCAAUAGACUCGCAUCAAAACGAGUUGAAACUCUGGCAAUCUGGUUGUUAUUUGGAUCUCCAGCAGGAUUUCAUUUAUGGCGAUUCUAAAAAUAUUUGUCCUUGCUGUGGCCUUAAAAGGUUUAACUGAAGCAGCUGGGAUUUUACCAGAUGGUCCUUUGAAUGGAUCUGUUGGAGGAUCAGUGAUGUUCACAACAUUUCUGACUGAAGCAGAUGGACCAUUUGCUGCAGUGAGCUGGACUUUUGAUGGCAGGAAUAUAAUAAUACAGCACACCGCAACUAAUAAUUCAACUACCCCAGCCUAUGAAGGCAGGAUCACAUUUUUUCCAUCUACAGCAUCUCUGGAGCUCAGAGAUCUGACCCUGGAAGAUGGAGGAGACUAUAGUGUUAAUGUUUUUGGUAGUGGAGUAGGAAGAAUCAAACUGGACGUAUACGUUCCAGUCUUCUCUGUGACAGUAACUCCUCAGACUGCAGACUUGGUUGAGUUCAGCUCUUUCAGUCUGACCUGCUCCUCCUCUGGUUCCUCGCUGUCCUUCAUCUGGAUGAACAGCAGCUCUGAGGUUACAUCCAGUGACAGAGUUCAGAUCACUGAUGGAGGCUCCACUCUGACUGUAGUCGAUGUGACUCGCUAUGAUGAACAAUCAUACAGAUGUCGAGUGUUUAAUCCUGUCAGUGAAGGCAUCAGUGAUCCAGUCAACAUCUUAGUCAGCUAUGGUCCAGAAAAUACCAAAAUGUCAGCGUCUCCAUCCCAAGAGUUCUAUGAGGAAGGGUCAGACAUCAGUCUGAGCUGCUCGGCUGAUUCUAGACCUUCUGCCCAGUUUACAUGGUUUGUGAAUGGGACUAAACUUCCUGAUUCUGGACCAGAACUCACACUGAGGAACAUACAGUUCAGUCAGAGAGGAGAUUACAGCUGUCAGGCCUUCAACAGCAAAACUCUGACAAAUGAAAUAUCUCCAUCUAUUUUGAUCUCUGUUCUACAAAAAAUCUCUGGAGUUUCCAUCAAAGCAUCAACAGAACUGUUCAUUGAGGGGAGCUCUGUCACCUUAAUCUGUGAGGCCUCUGGAUCUUCACCCAGCAGAACAUGGAAG